AUGAGAAAAGUUCAUUAUCGUAUAAGACAUUGUUUCAUAUUUUUUGGACUACUUAUAAUUAUCUGUUUUGUCUCUCGUUUGUUUAUUAGAGAUAUUCAGAAUGAUUCCAACACUAGCAAAUUCCCAUUAUCAAGAGCAUCGUCGUCUCGUCGAUUGAAUAUUAGUGUUGUAAUUGUUGUAUCUGAUAUUGAAGACGCUGAAAUAGAAUACUCCACAGCGUUGAGAUCAAUUAGAUGUUACUGUCAAAUACAUAAUUACCCAUUGCAUUUUAUUCAAGAUUCGGAUUACAGAGAUGUUUGUCAACAGAAAGAUUUCAUGUUCCGACGGCACUGCAUUGUUGCUCAAUUGCUCGAAAACAUUGAAUGGCUUGUAUUCCUGGACGCAGAUAUAGCAGUUGUGAAUCCGAAAGUUCUCCUGGAAGAAUACAUCGACGAAUCCUACGAUUUAACAUUCUAUGAUCGUUUUGUGAACUGGGAAGUUGCUGCUGGAUCGUACAUCGUUCAUAACACUCAAUGGGCAAAAUCCUUCCUCCGAAAUUUUGCCGACUUCGAAUCACAACUUCCGAAUAGCUUUCAUGGAACCGAUAAUGGUGCUCUUCAUAUUUAUCUUCAGCAAACGUUUUAUCCUCAACUUUCUGCAGAAUCUCAAGUUUGCAGAAAAAUAUGGGAAAAAGCGGAAAACUAUCAAGAUUUAUUCACAUUUGAAGCAUGUAUUCGAACUGUGAUGGGAGAUGUUCAUGAGUUUGAUAAAGCCAGAAUACUCAAAAAAGGUACCGGAUGGGUGAGGGAUAUUUGGUUGACUGAUUCAAAGUGGAAUCCUGAAAGGGAUUUUAUGCUCCACGGACUAAAGGAUUCCAACGAAAUUGUACUGAAACAAGGAUUCAUCAUUAAUAAAAUCUUUGGAAAUUUUAACUGGCGGUCCCCAUUUUCAUCAAAAUUGAAUUCAGAGAAUUGCGCACCUUUCGAAUUUGUAGAAUGGGAGAUGAAUAAAAGUUUGAUGGUGUCUCGAAAAGAAGUGGAAAAGUAUUUAAAAAGCCAAUUUGAUGAAGUCGAACGGAGAAGAUGGGACAGUUUAUCAGCAGUUGCCGGUUAUAUUUGA